GAGGAACGCGAGUGGGUGAAAGGACUCAGCGCUGCUGCAUCCCGCGCCAUCCCGCGCCACCGCCUCCUCUGUGCCGCUCGGGUUCAGCACUGGACAGCUCCCGCCCCAGCCCAACAAAUGGCAGCCGGCUGAUUGACAGAGGAGCUGGCCAAACGGAGAACAAGACGAUUUGAAGCCGCCCUACGAGGGUUUGGUUGCGGCCAAGCUGCUUCUUUAAACCGGCUUUCCUCCCGAGAGCAGUGUGGUUUGUGGCCAAACCUAAAGACUCCAAUUAACCAGCUGCCUGGCCCUCUUGGCUCCACAGAGACAAAGAUCUUAAGAGAAACCCUCGUUCUCUGGGACUUGCUCUUGCGCUCGCGGUGCGGGUCCGUGUUCGCGCGUUCCGAGCCUCGGGACGAAGCGAACUAGGAGGAGCCAGAGCCGGGAGGCGGGAACGACCUGCCACUGGUGAGAUGAUGGAGCAGCGUCUUCGGCGGCCGCCGCCGCAGCAGCAGCUCUUGAACACACCUCAAUGAGAGCGGCGGUGGAAGCUGCUGAGCUGAAAGACGUAAGCAGGCUAACUAUAGCUGCCGGCAGCGAGAGGGGAUGUAACCUGUUCGGCUCAAGGCUGCGAGGUGCGUAAUCUCGAGCCGACCCCUUGUGGAGCAGGAGCAGCCAGCGUUGCCACAGGUGAUUUGAUUUCCUGUGACGGUAGCUUAGUCAGCCGGGCAUAUUUCGGAACAUUUAUAUUUUAAAGUCCCCUUGGACUCGGUGCCAGCUGGAGACGGGAGAAGACCCCUAGUAAAAGUCUUACUGUUGACAGACUGACGACCAAAAUUUAAAAAGUGACUCCUCCCGUUACCUCCUCUCCUCUCUGCGGGGCAGAUGGGAGCCAUGGCUUAUCCUUUGCUCUUCUGCCUCCUGCUUGUUCAUCUGGGAUUGGGAGCUGUUGGCGCCAGCCGCGACCUUCCAGGUCGGCCGGAUUCCCCUCGAGAGAGGACCCUGAGGGCAAAGCAGCACGCCCAGCAGCCGGCUCGAGCCUCUGCCUCGGACCCCUCGGCUCCCUGGAGCCGCUCCACCGACGGCACCAUCUUGGCGCAGAAACUCGCCGAGGAGGUGCCCAUGGACGUGGCCUCUUACCUCUACACCGGGGACUCCCACCAGCUGAAGCGAGCCAACUGCUCCAGCCGCUACGAGUUGGCGGGCCUGCCUGGAAAGUCGCCUGCCCUAGCUAGCUCCCAUCCCUCCUUGCACGGGGCGCUGGACACGCUGACACACGCCACCAACUUCCUCAACAUGAUGCUGCAAAGCAAUAAAUCGCGGGAGCAGAACUUGCAGGACGACCUGGAGUGGUACCAGGCACUGGUGCGGAGCCUCCUGGAGGGUGAGCCCAGCAUCUCCCGGGCGGCCAUCACCUUCAGCACCGAGUCGCUGUCCGCGCCGGCCCCGCAGGUCUUUCUCCAGGCCACUCGCGAGGAGAGUCGCAUCCUGCUCCAAGACCUAUCCUCUUCCGCACACCACCUGGCCAACGCCACGCUAGAGACCGAGUGGUUCCACGGCCUUCGGCGCAAGUGGAGGACUCACUUACACCGCCGCGGUUCCAACCAGGGGCCCCGGGGCCUGGGCCACAGCUGGAGGCGCAGAGACGGGCUUAGCGGGGACAAGAGCCAUGUCAAGUGGUCUCCGCCUUAUCUGGAGUGCGAGAACGGGAGUUAUAAGCCCGGGUGGCUGGUCACUCUCUCUGCUGCUUUCUACGGGUUGCAGCCUAACCUGGUCCCGGAAUUCAGGGGUGUCAUGAAAGUUGACAUAAAUCUUCAGAAAGUGGACAUUGACCAAUGUUCAAGUGAAGGCUGGUUUUCAGGAACUCACAAAUGUCACCUUAACAAUUCAGAGUGUAUGCCAAUUAAAGGCCUAGGAUUCGUGCUUGGAGCCUAUGAGUGCAUUUGCAAAGCAGGAUUCUAUCAUCCACAACCCUUCUCAGUGAACAACUUUCGGAGAAGGGGUCCAGAUCACCAUUCUGCAGGAAAUGCAAAGGAUGUGUCCGAAGAAGCCCAUGUCUGCCUGCCCUGCAGGGAGGGCUGUCCCUACUGCGCCGAUGAUAGCCCCUGCUUUGUCCAGGAAGAUAAGUAUUUGCGACUUGCUAUCAUCUCCUUCCAAGCCCUGUGUAUGCUGCUUGACUUUGUGAGCAUGCUGGUGGUCUACCGCUUUCGCAAAGCAAAGUCAGGGGUGGAUGAAAUGCCAAAAUAUUCAGUGCGAAGCCUUCUGGGAAGUUGUCCUCAGCUGGUCACCCAGAGCAUCAGGGCUUCAGGCCUUAUCCUGUUGGAAACAAUCCUUUUUGGGUCUUUGCUUCUGUACUUUCCGGUUGUUAUUUUGUACUUUGAGCCAAGCACAUUUCGCUGUAUUCUCCUAAGAUGGGUCCGUCUUCUCGGUUUUGCUACUGUUUAUGGAACUGUCACUCUCAAGCUUCACAGGGUUUUGAAGGUAUUUCUUUCACGAACAGCCCAACGGAUUCCAUACAUGACAGGUGGACGGGUCAUGAGGAUGCUGGCAGUCAUACUCCUGGUAGUGUUUUGGUUUCUCGUUGGCUGGACUUCAUCUGUUUGCCAGAAUUUGGAGAGGCAGAUCUCACUCAUUGGCCAAGGGCAGACUUCAGAUCACCUCAUCUUCAAUAUGUGCCUCGUUGAGCGCUGGGAUUACAUGACAGCAGUUGCUGAAUUUCUCUUCCUCCUGUGGGGUGUUUAUCUCUGCUAUGCAGUGCGGACGGUGCCCUCAGCGUUUCAUGAGCCGCGUUACAUGGCCGUUGCAGUUCACAAUGAGCUCAUUAUCUCCGCUAUCUUCCAUACAAUCAGAUUUGUUCUUGCCUCAAGACUUCAGUCUGAUUGGAUGCUGAUGCUGUAUUUUGCACAUACUCAUUUGACUGUGACAGUCACGAUUGGGUUGCUUUUGAUUCCAAAGUUUUCACAUUCAAGCAAUAAUCCACGAGAUGACAUUGCUACAGAAGCAUAUGAAGAUGAGCUGGACAUGGGCCGAUCUGGAUCCUACCUGAACAGCAGCAUCAACUCAGCCUGGAGUGAGCACAGCUUGGAUCCAGAAGAUAUUCGGGAUGAGCUAAAGAAACUCUAUGCCCAGUUGGAAAUCUAUAAAAGGAAGAAGAUGAUCACAAAUAACCCCCACCUCCAGAAAAAGCGGUGCUCAAAGAAGGGCUUGGGCCGUUCAAUCAUGAGGCGGAUCACGGAGAUCCCAGAGACGGUCAGCAGGCAGUGUUCCAAAGAGGACAAAGAUGUCACUGAGCACAGCACGGCCAAGAGCACCGCUCUGGGCAGGAAGAACCCACAGGAGUCUUCGGGCAACACCGGGAAGCCCAGGGAGGAGUCCCUGAAAAACCGGGUCUUCUCCCUAAAGAAAUCCCACAGCACCUACGACCAUGUGCGGGAGCAGCCAGAAGAGGCCAGCAGCUUGCCAACCGAGAGCCAAGAAGAGGAGGCAACAGAAAACUCCACACUGGAGUCCCUGUCUGGAAAAAACCUAACACAGACACUGAAAGACAACACUGAAGCCGUGUCCACAGAGUCUGUGCCUUUGGUGUGUAAGUCGGCGAGUGCCCACAACCUCAGCUCAGAGAAGAAGCCAGGGCACCCCCGAACAUCCAUGCUACAAAAGUCUCUCAGCGUCAUAGCAAGUGCCAAGGAGAAGACUCUUGGGUUAGCUGGGAAAACCCAAACAUCAGGCGUGGAAGAACGUACCAAGUCCCAGAAAGCUCUGCCAAAAGAUAAAGAGACAAACAGAAAACACUCCAAUUCAGAUAGUGCAGAGACUAAAGAGCCUGCCCCCCCAAACUCCAACCAUUUGGAAGAGCCAAGAAAACCUCAGAAAUCUGGGAUUAUGAAGCAACAAAGGGCCAAUCCCCCCACUGCCAAUUCUGACGUGAGCCCAAGCACCACCCAGACGAAGGGCAACUUUGACAUAGGGGAAGUGUGCCCCUGGGAGAUUUAUGACCUGACCCCUGGUCCUGUGCCUUCAGAAUCAAAAGUUCAAAAGCACGUAUCUAUUGCAGCUUCUGAAAUGGAGAAAAACCCAACUUUUUCCUUAAAGGAGAAAUCUCACCCCAAGCCCAAGGCAGCUGAACUGUGUCAGCAGUCCAAUCAGAAGGGCAUAGACAAGGCUGAGGUGUGCCCUUGGGAGAACCAAGGUCAGUCCCUCUUUGAAGAUGAGAAGUGUUUGAUUCCCAAGACUCAGGUUCCCCCAGGAAGAGCUCAAGACGAGAAUGGCGGCCAGCAUUAUGCAGCCAGUGUGUGCGCUGGGCAGCAUGAAGAACUGGCUCCCAGAGUUGUAGCAGCAAACGUGGAGAAUGAAAAUCUCAACCAAAUAGGAGGCCAGGAGAAAAAGACAUUUUCCUCUGAGCAAAACGUGCCUGACUCCUAUAACUCAAGUAAUAACUUUCAGCCACCUUUAACGUUGCGAGCUGAGGUGUGUCCUUGGGAGUUUGAGGCCCCAUACCAACCAAAUGCUGAAAAAAGUGUAGUCUUACCUGCCUCUUCUGCUCUAAGUGCAAAUAAGAUAGCAGGACCUCAGAAGUAAGAGGUCUGGGAUACUUUUAAAGUGUAGCAUCCCCAGAAAGAAAAGAAGGAAGAAACACUGAAUUUCAUGUAAGACACAAGGAAUUCCCAAGGAGUAUUGGUCAGGGGAGGGAAUGUGAAAGGCAGGGAUGGAAGAAGAUGUAGGAGGCCAGGGCGCCAUCUUCCUGGAGAGGUCAAACUGACCAAGCAAGUCCUUCCCCAGCAACUCUAGGGAAAUCUUUACGCUUCUGCAUGUUCGGGGGAAGUAGCCCUCAGCGCCUGCCCCUGAUCAGUACCUGCCCUCGGGACUUGAAGAUCCCAAGCAAGGCAAACUGAAGACACAGAAGAGGGAUGAGAUUUUUGCAAAGGAGAAGAAGGUAUUGACUUAUGACUGAAAUUCUAAGUAGCUGACUUAAAAAAGAACUUAACUUUACCUAUUUAACCUUGAUAGCACUGCUAACUUAAUGCAUCCAAAAAUAACCUUUUAUAUUAAUGAUUGCUCUCAUUUUCUUAUAAAUGUAUGUUUCAGUACAUUGUUGUGUCUCAUAUUCAAGCAUUCCAGAUUGUAUAAUUUUUGCAAAUAACUUUGAUAUUAUAUGACACAACACAUUUAUGCAAUCUGCAGCUACUCAAUUGUUAUCGCAACUUACAGGAUACCUGCUAUCUGUCAACUUUAGUUGAUCCUUAAGGUACAGUAAGCUUUCUCUGGCUUGGGAAGCCAUAACUGUUACGAUAAAAACCUUUUAGUUUUGGCUGUGGUUUAUAUAUUGUGAAUUUGGAUUUGACUCUAUUAUUUCACAUCAUGGUUUGUUAUACUGUCUUAAUCAGGGUUUUUUCUACAAGUUGAGUUACUUGUUUUGCACUUCCUGUUAGGACUCAGAAGCUUUAUUAAUAUUGGGGAUGAAGUGGUCCUACUUAGUCAUAUGUCUCAAUAAGUUAAGGACAACUUAUCUAUUGUUUGUUCACAGUCAGAGAUAGAUAAUGCCUUCAUUCCAAUUAAUUGUUCCCUUGAACUCUUUCAGUAUUUCAUCUUUAGCAGCAGUUCGUAAGGAAGGAAGAAGCCACGAGUGAGAAAAAGAUACUGUGCAUUAUUAUUACCGUUGGAAAGGAAAGACUAGUACCGACGUGAGAAUUACAGGCCUGCAGAGCCAGGCAAUUUGCCUUUAAAUAAAGAGAAAGGGAGCUCCUGAUAGCACUUUCAAGGGAUUAUAUUUUUAAAGAGAAAAAUUAUUAUAGCAUCAAAAUCACUAUAUGGAUAUAUUUUUAUUAAGCACACUGAAUAUAUAAUAUUUUAAAUUACCUUAAACUACUUAUUCUCAUAAACUCUUCUUCAUUGCUUCAGGCAGGGAUAGAACUUGCUGGGCUCAAAUCCCAAAGAGGUUUAUAACCUGAGUUACUCAAAGCCUAUGCUGCAGUAUAGGCUCUUUAUUCUUCCAAGCACUGGGAAACUUACAGGUCUUGCAAAUGACCACUGUGAGCCACUUAGCUCAAAACGUCAAUGUAAGGUUUGCAACGUGAAACAGCCCCCCGAAAGCGCAGUUAUGAAGUGUAUUGCAUUCCACGCUGAUCACCUGCCAUGGAAAUCCCAAGCUGCUGAUUUAGCCCUACUGAUGUGAUCAUGCGGAGAUUCUAUUCCAAAGCUCAGUCUCAUUUUAAGAUGAGUCAUUUAAAAAUAGAACUCAGACUUCCCUCACAUCCAACACUGAAGUAUCAAUGGCUUUUUAGCCGGAACAUUUACAGCCUAAGGAACUGAUUUUCAUUUCCAGAGCAGCAAGGAGAACUAUGUUAGGAGGAUAGAAGAUGAUAAAAAGGGACUCAGAAGGUGGACACUGCCUGUUCUUUGGGGAUAUUACUCUCAGUGGAAGAUUAAAAACCAGGAAUUCUCCUCAUUCAUCAUCAAAAUUUCCUCGAUGAUUUGUAUUCAGGGGUAAUUACACACAUCACACCACUUUGCAAAGCUGUGCACAAACCUUCCUCAUGCUUGCUUCAUGCAUUACUCAGGAUGGUGGGGUACGUUUGAAGAGAGAAAGAAAUUCUCUUCUUUGUGUUUUCUUCAUUUACUUCCUUCUCCCCUUCCUUUACAAUCAGAGCCUAUCUACCUGGUGACCUUGGGGUAUGACUUUAUACAGUUGUGAAUAUGGAGUGUCCGGACCCACCCACCUACUCUUUUCAUUUAUGUCCAGCAUCUGUUAGCACUUUAUUGACUUUCUGCAAAAUAAACAGUCAGGCAUCAGUGACUUUUUAUUGCACUUUAGGAUGAACCUGCUAGAGAUGUGGCCUAAAGAAGACCCACCAAGUUUCACCUUAGUACAGCCCAUAAGAUUUUCCUCCACCAGCAUAAAUCAGUGAGAGUGCCGGGGGUCUUUGCUAGAUUGCCAUGGCCAUUUCUUAUCACUAAGAGAAGUUUAACUCUGCACUCCUUGAGGUUAUUUUCCCAGCUCAAUGACAAUAAGCAAGUGAAGAAAGGCUAUUAAGUUCACAAACAUUUGCUAGGUUGUCCUUCUCAGUGCAUGUGCAGGCUGCAUCCUGUCCUUGUUUUUAAGUCAGGGUUUAUAAAUAAGUAGAUUUAUACCAAUCUUAAUAGAACUGUAUAUUUUAUUGCAAGAAUUAAAUGCUUUAUGACAUGAAUUAUAACCCAACCCAUUGUAAACUUUGGUGGCGACGUGGAUGUGAAACUCGACAGUUCUCUUGUAUUUGCUUCCUAGGUUUCUGCAUGCAAGUGAUGACAGGUAGGACUGAGAAAACACUGCCUUUUGACUCCUAGCAUUUAGCCAAUGAGAGUUGUAGAGUCAAUAAAUCUGUCAGUCUCUUCACUUAAUCUAUGGUUCUUCUGACACUAUUAUCUGAAACCUACAGCAUCCCACCAUAAAAUAUUUGGUAAAUUUAUGUUGUGAUGUGUUGCAGCAUGUAAAUACUUACAACUUCUCUGCAAUAAAACAUAUUUAUAUGAAAGG